AUGGCCUCCGUGUGCCGCCACCCCACAGAGGACCUUCGCGUGGAGGACCCCUCAAGGCACCUCCAAAAGCGUUGUCGGCACAGGGCUGUGUGUCCGCCCCAACCCCGGAGACUGAGCGUCCUUGGAUGGGACGGUUCUGUGGGCACUUCCUUCUUUACCUCGUGUGAACCUGGACCAGUGACGGCCAGUGGAGGACAAGGCACGCUGCGGCUCAAGGAAGAGGAAGGUGCCCUCCAGGGCGGGCCUCUGAGCUUCUCCGACGUCACCUCUUUGGGCAGCUUUGCUCUUGUCACCACGUCGCGUGGCCCGCUGCGUGGGAAGGAACGUGAGGACAGGGACGGGGUCUGGGCCCAUCCUGCCACGGCCCCGGCCCCCCGGUGA